AUGGCGUCGUCGCAAAAAGAUAUCGAAUUAAGUCCUGUAAACGUUAGUAAUGACAAUAGCAGUUCGGCGACGGAACAAGUAAAUGUACCGGUAAAUGAUGAAGAAGAUAUCAUUAUUGGAAGAUUCAGAAAGAUUAGUUCGGCUAAGUCUAUGGCCGCAACUAAUGGUAACAUCCAGUACCCUUCAGAAAUAAUCAGAAAUGAUACAGACGUUGAAGCAGGCCUUCAGUUUAAAGCUAAGGAAGCAGAGAGAGAAAGACUGCUGGAACCAGCUACAAACGGUGCAGUUCUACGUCCAAAAUCGCCGAUAACUAAAAGUAGUUUCAGAGAUAUGGAGAAGCCUUCACGGUUCAAAGAUCAACCAUCAGCAACGAGAUUUCAGAUUUAUUAUAAUUAUAACCAAGACGAGGGAACUGAGUCUGAUGGUUCUGGUAUGGAAAGUGAUGAUCCACUUACAGCUACUGACACGAAAUAUGGCAAAAGUUUCAGACAUUUCACAAGGGAAGCCUUACCUCGACUGGAUAACUACAGAAAUGUGCUAUCACUUCACGCCGCUCCAAGACCGACCCUGGAUGAGCUUCACAACGCCUCGCUUUCAAGGAAGCCAGGCCAAACUCUAGAAAAAGAUCAGACAGCGCCAGCGAUGUCGUCGCGGAAUAUGAAGUUCGGAUGGAUAAAAGGCGUCCUCAUGAGAUGCCUCCUCAAUAUUUGGGGAGUCAUGCUCUUCUUGAGACUGUCCUGGGUCGUUGGGCAAGCGGGAGUAGCGCAGGCAUCACUUUUGAUAGUGACGACUUCAGUUGUAACGACAAUCACGGCGCUGUCUAUGUCCGCGAUAAGUACUAAUGGCGUUAUCAAAGGCGGCGGAACAUAUUAUAUGAUAUCGAGGUCUCUCGGGCCAGAGUUUGGAGGCUCAAUAGGCCUUAUAUUUUCAAUGGCGAAUGCAGUGGCCUGUGCGAUGUACGUUGUCGGUUUUGGAGAGUCGCUCAUCACUCUUAUACCAGAGUCAGCGUACAUGGUCAGCAAAAGUUGGGACCAAGCCAUAUAUGGCUGUAUAACCAUAGUACUCUUGACGGGUAUCGUGAUAGUGGGCUUAGAGUGGGAGGCGAAAGCUCAGAUAGUACUGUUGGUGAUACUUUUAGCUGCUAUAGCAGACUUCUGUAUUGGAACCAUCAUCGGGCCUAAGUCUGACGUGGAAGUCGCUCAGGGAUUCGUAGGGUAUAACAUGUCGAUUUUAAAAGCCAACCUCGGACCGGACUACAGAUACUUCGAGGGCGUCGAACAUAAUUUCUUUUCUGUAUUCGCAAUAUUUUUCCCAGCGGCCACGGGAAUAUUGGCCGGUGCCAAUAUAUCUGGAGAUUUGAAGGAUCCUCAAAAGUCAAUUCCAAAGGGUACUCUCCUAGCUAUACUGUUGACGACGAUAUCAUACCUCUUGAUCGCCUUACUGGCUGGUUGGACUGUACUCAGAGAUGCGUCUGGCGAUGUGGCAGAUGUUGCCUCAUGGACCAUGGACCAGUGCAAGAUCAAUGGCACUUGCGCUUAUGGUCUGCACCACAGUAAUGACGUAAUUCGUCUCGUGUCAGGGUUUGGUCCCUUGAUAUACGGCGGGUGUUUCGCCGCGACUCUAUCUUCAGCGCUCGCUUCGCUAGUUUCAGCUCCAAAAGUUUUCCAGGCUCUCUGUCAAGACAAGCUCUACCCUUGUCUUGAUUUCUUCGCCAAAGGCUAUGGAGCCAACAACGAGCCAGUACGUGGUUACGCGUUGACAUUCGUUAUUGCUAUCAGUUUUAUACUUAUGGGCGGCUUGAACCAAAUAGCUCCGUUAAUAUCAAACUUCUUCUUAGCUGCGUACGCGCUUAUUAAUUUCGCAACCUUUCACGCAAGUCUUGCAAGGCCUGUUGGUUGGAGACCUACUUUUAGGCUGUACAACAUGUGGCUGUCCCUGCUGGGCGCUCUGGUGUGCGUCGCCAUAAUGUUCGUGGUGUCCUGGGCGACGGCGCUGCUGACGCUGGCGGGCCUGCUGGCGCUCUACCUGCUGGUGUCCUACCGCGGGCCCGACGUAAACUGGGGUUCGACUACUCAGGCGCAAAUGUACAAGUCCGCGUUAGCCAGCGUGCAGCAGCUGAACCGAGUUUCGGACCAUGUCAAGAACUACAGACCCCAAAUAUUGGUGCUAACCGGUUUUCCCGGGGAAAGGCCAAUGCUGACGGACUUUGCCUAUCUCCUCACCAAAGGACUUUCACUAAUGCUGUGUGGACAUAUUAUGCCGUAUGCCCUGACGCAUCGAACUCGCGAGGCGCUGGUGUCUCGCGCCACUCAGUGGUUGUAUCGACGCCGCGUGAAGGCCUUCUACACACUUGUGGACGAUGUAAACUUCAAGGACGGCGCUAGCGCACUCAUACAGGCGAGUGGAGUCGGUAAAUUGAAGCCCAACAUCCUAAUGAUGGGUUUCAAGGAGGACUGGCAGACGUGCGACCGGUCCGAACUAGCGGACUACGUGAACGUAAUGCACAAGGCGCUGGACGUGCACGUGGCGCUGGCGCUGCUGCGCGUGGAGGGCGGGCUGCAGAGCAGCGGCGCGCUGGACGACGACCUGCAGGCCUGCCUGCGGCCCGCCGCGCCCGCCGGUUCAAUGGGUGACAGUAUUAAACAAUCGAAAUCUACCGAAACUUUAAACUCACAGUCGAGGGAUAGCAGUAUGUCGGAUGUCUCGGUGUUGUCCGGCGAGCUGAAGGGCGUGUCUCCCGAUCCUGGCGCUACUAGGACGCGUAAAAAUAAAGGGAGUUCGGCAUUUAUAUUGAAACCAAAAUCAAUACCUACCCUAGUCCCUGUUCAAGAUAAGUGUCCCAAUCAGUUACCACUGGAGACAACUGUACCUAAAUGUGUGUGUGCUAGCAGUCGCCUGGGCGAGGUGGUGCGCAAGCUGGGCGCGGCGCGAGGCCGGCGCGUGUCGUCGCUGUCGGCCGAGGAGCGCUUCACGCGCCGCCGCGCGGGCAGCGUCGACGUGUGGUGGCUGUACGACGACGGCGGUCUGACGCUGCUGCUGCCGUACAUCCUGUCGACGCGGCGCGCCUGGGCGUCGUGCCCGCUGCGCGUGUUCACGCUCUCCAACCGACACACCGAGCUGGAGAUCGAGGAGCGCAACAUGGCGUCUCUACUGUCGAAGUUCCGUAUCGAUUACUCAGCGUUGAAGAUGAUAUCGGAUGUCAACAAGAAGCCGAAGGACUCCACAUUAGCGUAUUUCGACAACUUGAUUGCGCCCUUCAUGUCGACUGAUGACACCAAUGACAACAGUAAAGUGUGCGCAGUGGGCGUGACGGCGGCGGACGUGGCGGCGGCGCGCUCGCGCACGCACCGCUACCUGCGCGUGCGCGAGCUGGUGCGCGAGUGGUCGGCGGGCGCGCGCCUGGUGUGCGUGACGCAGCCCAUGCCGCGCCGCGUGCUGCCGCCCGCGCUGUACGCCGCCUGGCUGGCCGCGCUCGCCUCCGCCGCGCCGCGCACGCUGCUCGUGCGCGGCAACCACGCCGCCGUGCUCACCUUCUACUCCUGAGCCCACUUUGUGCGCCUCGUCACACGUACGUGCCAGCUCAACUCUUGUUCUUACUUAGUGCGCCGUACAUCCCACGCAUUUUAUGUCCAGUUUCACACGUACGUGCAAGCUCAACUUUUGUUCUUACUUAGUGCGCCGUACAUCUCACGCAUUUUAUGUCCAGUUUCUCAGUGCGCUUCCAACUUACAGUGUUGUUACGUGUGCACAUCUUUUACUUCUAAACACCUUCUACUCCUGGUUGUAAUUUAGUGUGUAACGUAUUAUUUGCGCGUGUGUACACACCCUAUGAUUACUAAUGUAGCACGUGACACUGAUCGGUGCUUAGUGUACCGUUUUACUUCCAGUGUUCCAAUGUUUUAGUGCGCAGCGUGACACGUUCGUAUCCUCACUCAUUUUCUACUCCUAAUGUAGCAAAUACUGAUGCUUAGUGCGCACGUCUCGUGCGAGCUUUAAGUCCCAAUAUGUUAGUGCGCCACGUCUUAAUUGCGUGUGCGUGAUCACCUACUAAACCUAGUGCCCACUUAGUUACUUAGUACCCGAUGUUCGUAUUAUAUUCGUGUGCUCAUCUUCUAUUCUUAGUAUAUCACAUAGCACUGCUCAGUGCGCCACACGUUUUGAGCGUACCCUUACUCCUAGUGUCAAAGCAAGCACUUGUCGCGCAUAUGCGUGUUUACAUUCUAUUCUUAGUGUACACCCGCAAACUUCUAUAUGCGCAGCGCCUCACAUGCAUUAGGACUCUCAACUUUUACGUCUAAAGUGCUCCUAGCUCGCAAUAUUUUAGUGCGCUGCGUCUCCAGUCUAAUAUUGGAGUCAGUACACUUCCUUCUUCACCUUUUGUGCACCAUCGCAGCAGCUACUACACCAAAGUGUGCGCUCCCACACCACUCUGUACAAUUCAUACUUCAAGCUGAGGUCCAAGCCCUAGCAUUUGAAAAAAAAGACCCAACUAAUUCCUGUCACUUCGAAGGUCAAUAAAAUAUCUGUUUAAAUGAUAUCAAUCUCGAAUAUUAAAUGUAAAUUAAGAUUUUGUUUUACAA